AUGCCUUCAUACGAACUUCUAUACUUCAACGCCUACGGACGCGCCGAACCCAUCCGUCAGUGCUUCACCUACGCCGGAAUCCCAUUCAAAGACAACAGAAUCGAGUUCAACGACUGGCCUACGACUAAAGGAGAUACUAAACGUUAGUUGUAUAUUCAGUUUGAAUGAAAUUUUACAGAAACUUAAAGGUUGUUACCUAAAUUUUGAAAAAAAUCUCUCAGAUUAAGCCUAUGUCUUGAAGCUUACCCUAUAAGUCUAAACUAGAAUCCAAAGCCUAAACCUAGAAGCAUAAGCCUAGAAACCUCAGCCUAUCAGCCUAAACCUAAGGAUUUGCCAAUAUUGUUUCAGGCAUUCCAUACGGCCAAGUCCCAAUCCUCCUAAUCGAUGGUAAACCAUUGGCCGAAAGUCACACCAUUACCCGUUAUGCUGGCAGAGUAAGCAAAUUGGACGGUAACACUCCUGAAGAAACCGCUUUCAUCGACCAGGCAUAUGAAAUUACCAGGACUUUCUACGAUUCCGCGUUCCCAUACUUCAAAGUCGUCUUGGGCUUUAGUGAAGGUGAUAAGGUAAGGUUUGUUAGUUAAAACUUGACAAUCUGUGUAGUUUGUUGUCAAAAACAUCAAAUUCUAGGUGGUUUGGUACCUAAAAUAUAAAAAUCUAGAAAGGCUGUUACCUGAAAAUAGAAAAUCUAGAGGGUUUGUUAUCUAAAAAGUGAAACUCACGAAAGCUUGUUACCUAAAAUAUAAAACAUCACGUUGAUUGAAAAAAUAUUACCUGAAUUUUAGUAGAAUGUCCGAAAAAUAAUUUUAAAACCUUAAAUUUAAUUCUGAAGCUUCGCUGAAGAGUAAACGGAGAGUUGUUACCUAAAAUAAGAAAACCUCGCUAAAACAACAAAAUCUUACCUGAAAUUUGAUUGAACUUCAACGAAAAUAUUAAAAAAAGUUGAAUAAGCCUCAUUAAACGUGAUAGCAUCCGUUUUUUUUACCUAAAACACAAAAAAAAUCGAAAAAAAUCAAACUCUUACCAUCAACCUGACCAAAACUUAUAGCUAUACUCCUUCUAUGAACAAAAUUCUCUGGAAUCUUUUCAAAUUUAAAACUACUUACUUUUAUUCAACAGUAGAAUAAAUCAUCGUAUUCCAGGAGCAAUUAAAGAAGGAAGUAUUUGCCCCAGCAGCUGAAAAACAACUCAAAAACAUCGAAAACCUCCUACAGCCAAGCGGAUUCUUUGGACCAUCAGGACCAACUUAUGUCGACUUUUUCUACGCCCAAAUCACUGAAUUUUACAACCAACAUGCUCCUGAAGUUCUAGGUAAAUAUCCAGCUUCGUUGGAACAUGCUAAACGUGUACACCGCUUGUCACAGCUCCAGGAAUACUUCAAAAACAGACCUAGCGCCAACUUCUAA